CAUUUCCUUCUGUUAAUACCAGCUGAUCGCUGCAAAUUGUUAUUUUUCCAUUUAAUUGUUUUAAUUCAACAAUGGUUUGCUCACUGGGCAUUGAGGGCAGUGCCAAUAAAAUCGGAGUAGGAAUCAUUCGCGAUGGCGAGGUGCUGGCCAAUGUGCGCCGAACCUACAUCACGCCGCCAGGAGAAGGUUUCCUGCCCAAUGCGACGGCUAAACAUCAUCGCGAAGUGAUUCUUACGCUGAUCCAGGAGAGCCUCAAAGAGGCAAAGAUAAAGCCCGCCGAUCUGGAUGUCAUUUGCUACACCAAAGGGCCGGGAAUGGCUCCGCCACUGCUGGUGGGGGCCAUAGUGGCCCGCACUCUGUCACUGCUGUGGGAGAAGCCACUGCUGGGCGUGAAUCACUGCAUUGGCCACAUCGAGAUGGGUCGCCACAUCACGGGCGCCCAGAACCCCAUCAUUCUCUAUGUGAGCGGCGGCAACACCCAAGUGAUUGCUUAUUCCAACAAGAGGUAUCGCAUUUUUGGUGAGACCAUAGACAUUGCCGUGGGUAAUUGCCUGGACCGCUUUGCGCGCAUCCUCAAGCUGCCCAACGACCCCAGUCCGGGCUACAACAUCGAGCAGAUGGCCAAGGACGGAUCUAGCUACAUCAAGCUUCCGUAUGUGGUCAAGGGCAUGGACGUGAGCUUCUCCGGCAUUCUGUCGCACAUCGAGGAGCUGGCCGAUCCCACAAAGAAUCCCAACAAACGCAAGAAAACACAGGAGGCAGAGACACCCGCGGCGAAGGCGGCCGAUCUUUGCUUCUCGCUGCAGGAGACCAUCUUCGCCAUGCUGGUUGAGAUCACAGAGCGUGCCAUGGCGCAUUGCGGAUCCAAUGAGGUUCUCAUUGUGGGCGGCGUGGGCUGCAACGAGCGUCUCCAGAAGAUGAUGCAGAUUAUGUGCGAGGAGCGUGGAGGCAAACUCUUUGCCACCGACGAACGCUACUGCAUUGACAACGGCCUGAUGAUUGCCCACGCCGGCGCCGAGAUGUUCAAGUCGGGCACCCGAAUGCCCUUCGAGGAGUCCUUUGUGACGCAACGUUAUCGUACGGACGAGGUGCUGGUUACCUGGCGCGACGACUAGCGGAUGAUUAGUGAUAGUUGUAGUGAGCUUUGCAUGUUUAUUAAAUACUAAUUUCGAUAGUUUGUAUAACAUUUAUAGUCGU